UAGUGACGCACGGCGCAGGCGCGCGGUAAGCGGCCGGUCCGUUGGCGCCCGGAUGGAGCGGGAGCGGUUGCUUCGCGGGGUGUCGGUGCUGCAGGCCUGCGUCCGGGGCUUCUUGGUCCGACGCCACAUCCAGAGACUGCGAGAUGAGUAUGAGGCUGUUGUACGCGAAAUCGAGGGUGACCUGGGCACGCUUCAGUGGACAGAGGGUUGGAUUCCCAGGCCCCAGUUUCUCCCAGAGAAAGCAAAAUCCCAUCGGACCUGUAAACCCCAAGAGAGGGCACCAAAUCCAGAACAGCAAUGGCGGGGCCGCUUCUCAUGUAAAGAACCUGAGAGAGAAGCUGUCUUUGGGGAGAUGAUGCUGAAGCAAUCAGGACAGAGCUCAGCAAACUCGGGAAGUCUUCCCUGCAGAGGUGACAGUCCCCCGCCUCAGGAUGAGCACAGCAGGCAAGCCAGGAAUCCCGGCCAAGAGGAGACCAGAGCUAUGUCAGGGAUGGAAAACCCAGAAGCUGUAGGUCCAGGACUGCCCCACAGCCAGACCAAGCUUCAGGAACUCCAGUACCACCACAGCCACUUGGCCAUGGAACUGCUGUGGCUACAACAGGCCAUCAAUAGCCGAAAGGAGUACCUAAUUCUCAAACAGACACUGACAUCCCCGGAGGCAAGCCAGAUGAGAGACAAGCCCAGCAUGUGCCCAGACCACAGGGCUCAGACCUGUGUGAGGGCUGGGUCACAAACAAGCCCACCACUGAAAGACAAGUUCUACAGAGACAGGACCAUUAAAGACCCGGACCAUGUAGAUAACUCCUCCUGGAGGCUGAAAUCACAACCCCACAAGUCCCUGGAAAGCCUGGCCACUACAGACAAAACCACUGCUGGGGUCAAGCACAGGGAUCCAUGCAACAGGAGGGCUAGAGCACAGCUGCUCACACUAUCCAAUAACCAGGCCUUAGAGAACAGGCUCACUAGAGAGCCACACCGUGGAGGGCCCUGCCUGCAGUUGAUGAGAGUCCCGGAGGACCAGAUCCCCAAAGGCCUCGAACCUAGGGGCUACUGUUCUGAAAAAGCCAGGAUGCAGGUGCCCACACUUGGUGAGGACCCGGAUAUUGAGGAUAAGUCUCCCAGAAAGCCAGAACGCGAAGAGCCUGAUUGCCAAAGAGCUAGGCCACGAGAGUUGGACCUCUCAGAGGACCGUGGCAUCUGGGAUGAGACCUUGGCAGAGCAUGGUGGCCAGGAUCUCUGGGAGACUAAACCACCCAAGGGCCAGAUCCCUAGGGAGAAAAGCUCCAGAGAUAGAACCUCCAGUGAACCUAGCCAUGAACAAUCAACAAACCAGAGGGCUGUACCAUGGCGAUCGAGGCCACCUAAGAAACUGUCUUUGACAGAGUCUGCCCACACAGGAGAGGACCACUGGAAGGACAAGCCAUGGAAAACAGGACCACCAGGCUAGACCCUGGGGAGCCAGGGCCUCAUCCCUUGCUCCCUGGUACUAGCUCUACCUCCUGCCCUUGGCCAUUGGUGGCUCAUGGGGCCAAGAGAAGCUGGAGCAGAGAGCUGGCACCGGUAUAAGGAGGGGUGGGAGAAGGAUACUCUUUCAUCUUCCGCCUGUGGCUUACUCCAAAUUUGGGGGCAGGGAGUUACCUGGGAUAAGUAAAGUGGGGAGCCUGGUGGAGAAUAAAGGUUUUUCUUGGCUUCUG